GCAAAGCAGGCAGAGCGGCGACCGCGAGCGCACGCAGACAAGCGGUCACUCCAUCGACGCGACACGCUUGCACAGCGCUCCAGGAAACGGUCGGCACCAGUGCUUCGGUGCGCCCAGCUAUGGCGCCGCGAGGAGCUCUCAUCAUGGUGGCACUCUGCAUCCCUGUCGCGCCGCUGGUGAUGGCGCCGUCGCGCCGCGUCGUCUACAAGGCCGGCGCGCCGAGAAACACACUGAGGUAUGACACCUUACGGGUGCGACGGCGGCAGGUCGUCAAGGCGCGCCAGCCGUCGAUGAUUUUCGGUUUACAAAGGAUGUUCAACUGGCUCACGCCGACGGACAUCGGCGCGGCCGUCAUCUGCACGUACUUCGUCAUCCGACGGCUGCGGAUGAUCGACAGCGACCCGACGGCCAACACGGCAGACGAGGACGAAGAGGACGGCGCGGUCAAUAGGGGAAAUAAACUCUUCAAGAAGCUCAGCGGGGCGAACUACAACUACGUCGCGCAAUCUGACGAGGACCUGGCCGCGCUACGGACGAUGUGCUGCAAAAAGUGCGGGUUCACGAUCUUCGUAGCUAAAGAUAGACUGAAGCGCCACUUCGUCAAGGGCUUGGAAUGUCUCCAGUGCGGCGCGAAGGCGCCCGACUUCUACAACGAGAACGACCCUGACGAUCCCGUUAAUUUUGAAGGAGCCACAGUGGAGUCCGCGGACGGCUACAAGCCGGACCCCGUCAAGAUCGCGCAGCGCAAGGCCGAGAUCGAGGCCGCGGAGCUCGCGGAGCUGGCGGCGCUGGCGGCGGAGAAGGAGCAGAUGUCAAAUUACGAUGCCGUCGAGGACGACGUCGACGACAUGGCGCCUGCACCGGUCGCCGAGGAGGCGCCCGUGGCCGUCGCCGAGGCGCCCGCGCCCGCACCCGCGCCGGCACCCGCGCCGGCGCCGGCGCCGAAGCCUCCGGUGGACGACGACAUCUUCGGCGAGCUGGGCAUCUAGUGGCGGGUAACAAA